AUGUCUGAGAGCACAGAGCGAGUAUGCAUGCUGUGUGGCCGGCCAGAGAGCCGCAGCCUCUACAUCUGUGGUCCCAUCCAGGAGGCACACGGGAUCUCUGGCCACAUCUAUUGCCUGCUGUUUGCCAGCGGCCUCUUUGAGCACGGCACUCAGACAGGACAUCGACGAUGGGAUUUUCCCAUUGAAAAUAUUCAAAGUGUAAUUGAGGAAGCAGCACGGAAGCGCUGCUUUGUCUGCAGUGAGAGCGGGGCCAGCAUCACCUGUCGGGAGAGUGGGUGCGACCGCAGCUUCCAUCUCCCCUGUGCCACGGAGGGUGAAUGCAUCACCCAGUUCAUUCCUCCAUUCAGCUCCUUCUGCUGGGAGCACUGCCCACAGAUGGCAGUCGAUGUGGUCCCAGGGGACAACACCAGCUGUGUCAUCUGCAUGGAGCCUGUGGGAGACAGAGUCUCCUACAGCACCAUGGUGUGCCUAGCAUGCAGAAAUGCCUGGUUCCACAGGAGCUGCAUCCAGGAGAACGCAAUACACGCUGGUAUUGUGUGUUUUGUGUGCCCGGCCUGCAGAGAAAGGAAUGUCUUCGUUGUGCAAAUGCUGAUUAUGGGAAUCCUGAUCCCAUUAAGCCUGCCAUCGUGGAUCACAGAGGAUUCUCCAGAGCCAGAGGAGAGGCACAGCCGCUGUGAUGCCAGGGAGUGCCUCUGCCCAGGAGGCAGGGAGCAGGUGGAGGAAGAGGGGUCCUGGCAACUGCUCCUGUGCUGCUCCUGUGCUGCUGAGGGCACCCAUAGAGCCUGCUCCAAUUUGGGGGACAGCACAACCAGCUGGGCAGUGCGCCGGCUGUGCUGGACCCAGCACCGGUAA